AUGGUGGGAUUCAUACAAGAAACUCACUCCCGAGACAACCAUGCAGUCAACACGCUCGAUCUUUAUCGUCGACAGAACCCUCCCAUUUUUCAAUGGAAGCUUCGCACGGACCCCAGCGAACGGAAAUUUUGGAUCGAGCAAACAGAGAAGCUACUGGACCACCUACAUUGCAGAGAAGAAGAGAAGGUCAAUUGUGCCACCUUCAUGCUGCAAGAUGAAGCAGAUAGGUGGUGGAAGAGAGUCAAGAGGGCAAUGACCCCUCAGGCCAGGGCGCCCUACAUCACUUGGGAGCAAUUCAAGGAACUCUUCAAUGAGAAGUACUUUCCCUUGAAUUUAAGAAUAAAGAAAGAGAGAGAAUUCAUGGAGCUAAAGCAAAUCGGGGACAUGUCUGUCGCCCAGUUCGAGGACGCUUUCAGCAGAUUAAUCAGAUACAUGCCUAUUUACGAAGAGGACGAAAGAGUCAAAGCGCAAAAGUUUUUGGGAGGACUGAGUCUGAAGCUUCAGAGGGCAUUAAGUAGUAUAAAUACUCAGUCUUACUCAGAAGUGGUGCUGCAAGCUUUUACCACCGAGGCUAACCUAAGACGAAUCGACCCUAUCCAAGGAGAAAGUCAACAAAAGAGCAGUCAUAAAACAGACAAGAAAUUGGAACUCCAAAGGUUGAAGUUCAAACCUAGCACUCCGUGCCAAAGAUGCCAGAAGCAGCACCAUAGGAAGCCGUGCCGACUUGGAAUAAAGGGUUGUUACAAUUGUGGAGAAAUGGGUCACCUCAACCAAAACUGCCAAAGAGAGGAAUUACCUGUUACAACUGCCAGCAAAUGGGUCAUUUUGUAA